UCCGAUUAGAAAAACCAAAUAAAAUAAAAUAUAAAAUAAAAAAACAAAACAAAACCAAAGAAAGCGUUUCUCUCUCUCUCUCUUUCUCUUUCUCUCUGAGAUCGUCGAUCGCCCUUUCUACGAUCAUAGGUGUUCAACAUGGGGCAUAGAAGUAUGUUAGCAGAUCAACAAGGCCAGAAUUAUCUCCAUUCUGAGCCCUGUAUUGUUUUGGGGGCCAAUGAAAACUUUGGACAACCUAAUAUCCGAACUAUGGUAUCAUCUUCAGGGAACGCAACUAAUCUUGAUGUCCAAUAUAUAGGAGAGCACUAUGACAAUGCUAUGAUCUAUGGGAUGACCCAGUACAAUGGAAUUCAGCAUCAUCAUAAUCUUGACUUAGGCGUUGCACCUGCAUCCAACUUUUAUUAUUCUUACAUGACACCUUCCUCUGGUAGUGGGGCAUUACCUGUGCCCCGAAGUCAUGGGACCUCUGGUCAGUUGCCAUCUGCCAGCAAUUAUGGAGUCAUUGGAGUUUCUGCAGAUGAGCUUGGAAGGAACAUUCACUUUAUGGAUGAUGGCAGGGGUCCAUUUAAGAGAAAAUAUGCUGAAGGAAUUGCAGGGAGUUUCCAACAAAAUAAUGCGUCAUCUGGUUCUAGUUCUUCAGUCGCUCCCUCGAAUAUAAGGCAUCCUGAUGGGGUUGCUGUGAUGGAUGCUGCAUCUUUUGCCCUGCCUCAGUACAGAGGGGUUGCUACUACUCCAUCACUCAUCGAAAUAGGACCCCAGAAUAGUUUGAGGAACAGACCAGGUGCUACUGGGAUGGAUUCUCUUUUGGUGAAUGACCAUAAUCAUUUGAUUCAAGGAAAUUAUAUGGGUCAGCAUUUUCAGCCAACUGGUACUCUCUGGUUGGACCAACAGUUGAGCAGUAAUUCUGGUGAUGGAGGUACUUCAGCCUGGAACCAGGCUCCUGCAAUGCCUUAUAUGCAUGGGAGCAAUGUCAAUGGAGGUUCUAUGGAGGCUCGGAGCAUGGGUGUGCAGAGAUAUCAUGAGACAGCUAGCAACAGAAGUUCCCCUAAUUUCCAGCAUCCUCCUCCCAUUAACCACCGGCACCACAGUCAUCAUCAUCCAAGCCCACCAAUGCAAGCAGUGAGAAGCCCAAAUAUAAACUUUCAUCCCCAAGUAGCUGCACCUUCAUAUAGAGUUUCCACAAAUUCUUCACGCAGCACUCCAACUCCUGCUCAGAACAGUUUUGAGAUGGGUCAUAGGCAUCCCGGAUCCGCUGCACCAACUGGGCUUCGGAUAUACCGUCCUCACAGAGGAGUUGCGCCUGAGGCAACUCUUAGACAUCGCAACCUUCCACAAUUGAGAGUUCUGCAAGCUGAUGAAACUGCCAUACUAGAGAUGCCAGAAUUUUAUCAAAUGGGAAAUUUGAUUGAUCAUCACAGAGAAAUGCGGUUGGACAUAGAGCACUUUUCUUAUGAGGAGCUUCUAGCGUUGGGAGAACGGAUUGGCAAUGUAAGUGUUGGGUUGUCAGAGGAGGCUAUCACAAGGCAGUUAAAGACAAAAACUUAUUUAUUAUCUUCUCCUAAUAUCAAUCUGGAGGAGGCAGCUUCUGCGGAUCAGGAAGCUGACUCUUGCAUUAUAUGCCAGGAUGAUUAUAAGAGCCAAGAGAAGAUUGGAAUCCUUGAUUGUGGUCACGAGUACCAUGCGAAUUGCUUACAGAAGUGGCUGCUUGUGAAGAAUGUCUGCCCCAUUUGCAAAUCUGAAGCAUUGACCACAGGAGGGAAGCAUGUAUAGAAAGGGGUGGUGACAGUGGGAGGAUCAAAAAGUCUUCCAUUUGUUCUUUUCACUAAAACAAUCAUAACAAAGUAUCAAAUUUGUUAUGUAUUUUGUAUAUGUACUUGCAUAUAAGACUAACAGUUGCACUGUCCAAGUCAUUUAUUUGUUGGCUUCUGGGACAUGGGUCCUGUAUCUAAACAAAAAUUGUACAGACUUCCUCAUUAUGCUCUUAAGCUGGAUUAGAUAAUAUUUUGUUCAUUUAUAUAUUGAUAUAUACUGGUGCAUUCGCGGAUUAA